AUGUUAAAUUCAUUGGACACAUUGCCGUCCUUUAAUGGCCAUUUGCUGUUGCCAAAUGUUGCGGAUCCCGAUGACUCGGCUUCAUUAAGCCUAAUAUGCGCACAUGCCCCAACGGAGGAAAAGGAUGAUGCCACCAAGGACGCUUUCUAUGCGGAGCUCGACCGAGCUUAUGGCCGCUGUCCUUCCCAUGACAUUAGAAUUCUCAUCGGCGAUUUUAAUGCCAAGGUAGGACGAGAAGACAUCUUUGGUGCCACCGUCGGGCGAUUUAGUCUACAUGAGGCCACCUCGAGCAAUGGUCUCAGAUUAAUAGGCUUUGCAGCUGCGCAUAAUAUGGUAGUUCGUAGUACUGGAUUCCGUCAUUUGGACAUCCAUAAGGCAUCUUGGCUCUCUCCCGAUCGACUGACCAGAAAUCAGAUUGAUCAUGUUGUGAUCGAUGCAAGGCACACAUCUAGUAUACUCGACGUGCGAUCCUGUCGGGGCCCCAACAUCGACUCCGACCAUUAUCUUGUUGCAGCUAAGAUUCGCACACGGCUAUGUGUGGCGAAGAUAACACGUCGAAGUGCGUUAAGAAGGCUGGACAUCGGAAAGCUGCAAUCACAACAGGCGAAGGAUGCAUUCUCCACUCACGUCUCGGGGCUAUUAAGCCGAGCACCUUUAAUACCUGAAGACAUAAGCGAUAUGUGGGCGCUCAUAUCCCACUCCCUGCGAGCUUCGGCAGAAGAAGUGCUUGGAUUCCAGCGUCUUCUAACAAGGAAUCCAUGGUACGAUCAGGAGUGUCAUGACGCAACAGCUGCAAAGGACGCCGCCUACAGAAGAACACUGCAGGCUGGGGCGACACGAGCUAUUGUGGAUGUCUACAGGUCGAGAAGAAGAGACGAAAAACGCCUUUUCAGACGCAAGAAGAAAGAGCAGGAAAGGCGAGAGUGUGAGUGCAUAGAGAGCAGCAGAUGCAGGAAUGAAGCACGUAACUUUUACCAGAGGGUCAAGCGUCUGACCCAAGGAUUUAGGACUGGUGGAGUGGCGUGCAGGGACGAUGAUGGAAAUCUUGUCACAGAAGCAGAGGUCGUGCUGAGGUUAUGGAGGGAUCACUUCUCGAGUCUGUUAUCCGGCUCAAGCACAGACUCUGAAGACUAUGAUCCACGAACCCCUAUCUAUGGCACUGAUAUUGAGGUGCCAAUCCCAAGUCAUAUCGAAGUCAAGGAUGCAAUCCAACGGCUUAAAAACAACAAGUCUGCAGGUGCUGACGGCCUGCCGGCAGAAUUGUUUAAGGCAGCUGGUGAUAUGUUGGUAGGGAGCAUGCACCAACUAAUCAGCAAGAUAUGGCUCACGGAGAGCAUGCCCGAAGAUUGGAACCUCAGCAUGAUCUGUCCCAUCCUGAAGAAGGGUGAUGCCACGGUGCGCACCAACUACCGCGGAAUUAGUCUUCUUCCAGUUGCAUACAAGGUCCUAACGAGCGUAUUGUGUAAAAGACUGAAACCCCAUGCUGAAGCACUGAUUGGACCUUAUCAGUGCGGGUUCAGGCCUGGCAAGUCCACUGUUGACCAGAUUUUCACCUUGCGCCAAAUCCUGGAGAAGUCCUACGAAAACCAGAUCGACACGUACCAUCUUUUUGUCGACUAUAAGGCCGCAUUUGAUAGCCCCCGGCGAGAUCGCCUAUAUGCCGCCAUGUCUGAGCUUGGAAUACCAGCAAAGCUGACUAGACUUUGCAGAAUGACAUUGAGCAACACCAUCAGCUCUGUCAAGGUAGGAAGUGGCCAAUCCGAAACCUUUACUACCAAGUGUGGCCUCAGACAAGGUGACUCGCUGUCUUGUAUGCUCUUCAAUAUUCUAAUGGAGAGUAUUAUAAGAAAGGCUGGUGUGCAUCGGACGGGCACGAUAUUAACCAACAGAUGUGUCCAGCUCCUUGGUUACGCUGAUGAUAUUGAUAUUAUUGGCCGCACCAAGCGUGAUGUCACAGGAGCCUUCGGGGCUAUUGAAAAGGAAUCAGCCAAAGUAGGACUAGCAGUGAAUAGGGAGAAAACAAAGUUUAUGGUGUGCUCUAGCAGAGAAUCGCGGCGUCUUGAUUCUCAGCUGACUGCAGAGAACUAUAGCUUUGGGUCCGUCAAGGAGUUCGUCUACCUAGGCACUGCUAUAACAAGCACAAAUGAUGUCAGUCUGGAGAUUAAGCGGAGAAUAACACUUGCCAACAGGUGUUACUUUGGGCUCAGUAGGCAGUUCAAUAGUAGAGCUCUCUCUCGACGCACAAAAACCACACUCUACAAGACGCUCAUUCUUCCAGUACUUCUAUAUGGUGCGGAGUGCUGGACAGUGACGCAGUCAGAUGCAGCUGCUCUUGGAGUGUUCGAGAGAAAAAUUCUUCGCAAAAUCUUUGGUCCAAUCUGCGUGGAUGAUGUUUAUCGCCUCAGAUACAACCACGAGCUGUAUGAGCUGUACGGUGAUGUUGAUGUAGCCAGCCGAGUGAAAUCUCAAAGACUUCGCUGGCUGGGCCACAUUGCCCGUAUGGAUGAAGACGCUCCGGCUCGAAAGGUGUUUGAUGCGGUGAUUGUUGGGACACGAAGGAGAGGACGACCCCGAACGCGUUGGCAAGAUCAGGUGAUGGAAACCCUGUCCACACUUGGUGUUACCAACUGGCGAAGGCGCGCCCAGGACAGAGACGCGUGGAGGCACAUUGCGCUUCAGGCCGAGACCCGAUAA